AUGGCCGACGGCUUGAAGAUGGGAAACCUGUCCCUUAACGAAUCCCAGCAUGCGCCUGCUGGUCCUAACCCUGGCAACGGCCGCGCUGCCUACAUCCCUCCCCAUCUCCGUCAGCGCACCAUGGGCGCCAACGUCGACGGUGCCGCUGCUGCUCCUCCUCCUCCCGGUCCUGCUGCUGCUGCUGCUUGGAAUGGCCCAAGAAACGGUCCUCGCGGUGGCAACUGGGCUAAUGCCAACGCCUCUGAUUUCAGCCCUCGUGCUCCCAAUGUCCCCAAUGGUAACAACAGCUGGACUCCCACGGAAGCUCAACGUCGGCCCUUUGAUCCACAUGCUUACGGACACCCAGGGCACGGAGCCUCCUACGGCGGCUCUCAAGGCGGUUCUGCCAAAGGCUCUGGAGACGGCCAGUGGCGCGAUGGCAAGCACGUCCCCGGUCCCGCAAACGCCCGCCUGGAGCGUGAGCUUUUCGGUGUUCCCAACGAUCCUACCAAGCAGAGCACUGGUAUUAACUUCUCCAACUACGACGACAUCCCCGUCGAAGCAUCUGGUCAAGACGUCCCCGAGCCCGUCAAUGCCUUCACGAACCCCCCGCUGGAUGACCACCUGAUUUCCAACAUCAAGCUCGCUCGCUACCUGACCCCUACUCCCGUCCAGAAGUACUCCAUUCCCAUCGUGAUGAACGGUCGCGAUCUCAUGGCCUGCGCUCAGACUGGUUCCGGAAAGACUGGUGGUUUCCUGUUCCCCAUUCUCUCCCAGGCUUUCCAGACAGGUCCUUCCGCCGCGCCUGCUCAGGCUUCGGGUCAGUUCGGCUACGGCCGUCAACGCAAGGCGUACCCUACUUCCCUGAUCCUCGCCCCCACUCGUGAGCUUGUUUCUCAGAUCUUUGACGAAGCCCGCAAGUUCGCUUACCGCUCUUGGGUUCGCCCCUGUGUCGUCUACGGUGGUGCCGAUAUUGGCUCUCAGCUCCGUCAGAUCGAGCGUGGCUGCGAUCUCCUGGUCGCUACCCCCGGUCGUCUGGUUGACCUGAUCGAGCGUGGCCGCAUCUCUCUGGUUAACAUCAAGUACCUGGUUCUCGAUGAGGCUGAUCGUAUGUUGGACAUGGGUUUCGAGCCCCAGAUUCGCCGCAUCGUAGAGGGUGAAGACAUGCCUAACGUCAAUGAACGCCAAACUCUGAUGUUCUCGGCCACUUUCCCUCGCGAUAUUCAGAUGCUUGCCCGGGACUUCCUGAAGGAAUACGUUUUCCUCUCUGUUGGUCGUGUCGGCUCUACCUCUGAGAACAUCACUCAGAAGGUUGAGUAUGUCGAGGACCACGACAAGCGUUCCGUCCUUCUUGAUAUCCUUCACACUCAUGGCACGACCGGCCUCACUCUCAUUUUCGUGGAGACCAAGCGUAUGGCGGAUGCUCUGUCCGACUUCCUGCUGAACCAGCGCUUCCCUGCAACUGCUAUCCACGGUGACCGCACCCAGCGUGAACGUGAGCGUGCCCUGGAGAUGUUCCGCUCCGGACGUUGCCCUAUUCUGGUUGCUACUGCUGUCGCUGCUCGUGGUCUUGAUAUUCCAAACGUCACCCACGUCAUUAACUAUGAUCUUCCCACCGAUAUUGAUGACUACGUUCACCGCAUUGGUCGUACCGGUCGUGCGGGUAACACUGGUAUCGCCACUGCCUUCUUCAACCGUGGCAACCGUGGUGUUGUCCGUGAGCUGAUUGACCUUCUCAAGGAGGCUCAUCAAGAAGUGCCUUCCUUCCUGGAGAGCAUUGCUCGCGAAGGUAGCGGAUAUGGUGGACGCGGAGGCCGUGGAGGCCGUGGUCGUGGUGGCAAUGCCAGUCGCGAUGUGCGUCGUGUGGGUGGUAACGUGGGCGGUGGUGCUCCCUCCUUUGGUGGCGGCAGCUACGGUGCUCCCAGUGGCAGCAGCUAUGGCGGCGGCGCUGGCGGCUACGGUGCUCCCCCAGCCUACGGUGGUGGCUACGGCGGUGGUUAUGGCGGCGGCAGCUACGGAAACCCCUCGGGGCCAACUGGACCCUCUUCCUGGUGGUAA